CAACUCUUUUGAUUUUUAGCUUUAAAAAUUACGGAGUAUUAUGGAGUAAAAAUGAAUUAGGACGAAGGGAGUAGUGGCUGAUUUGAGGCGGAUAGAAUUUCCCACCGACGUAUGUUUGAUCCUCCCAAAGACCCUAUGCCAUUUCUGUGAAGAUUCGAUCUUGUAUUGCCAGGAUUUACUUCCAGACCUGUUCUUGUUGGGCGACAAUUAAAAAUCCAAUCUUGAUCUGGUAACCUCAAAUAUCUAUGCACCCAUUUUUGUGAAGAUUCGAUCUUUAUUCAGAUGUAAGAUCUCUUUUUUUAUAUAUUUGAAUGAAUAUGGACUCAUCAGCUAAUAUGAACAGCGGUGGAGGAGCAUAUCUGGCUUUUGCUAUCCUUCCAUUGUUGAAGCUCAUCUGUUUGACAGUCAUUGGUCUAGUUCUUGCACACCCAAAAGCCAAAAUUGUCCCCAAAGCCACUUUCAAGCUUCUCUGCAAGCUUGUCUUUGCUCUGUUCUUGCCCUGCACCAUAUUCAUCCACCUCGGCGAGGCCAUCACUCUCAAGAACUUCACUCUUUGGUGGUUCGUACCGGUGAAUGUGAUUUUAAGCGUUGUGAUUGGCAGUUUCUUGGGAUUCUUGGUGACCAAGAUUUGCAGGACACCCCCAGAGUUCAAAAGGUUCACGAUUAUCGCUACUGCAUUUGGGAACUCUGGGAAUCUUUCCCUUGCGAUUGUUGGAUCGGUUUGCCACAGUGCGGACAACAUUUUUGGCCCAAACUGCCAUAGCAAUGGAGUGGCGUAUGUGUCGUUUUCCCAGUGGGUUUCGGUGCUUCUUGUUUAUACUCUCGUGUAUCUGAUGAUGGAGCCACCAUUGGAGUAUUAUGAACUCGUUGAGGAAGAAGGUGCUGAGAUUCAAGAACAAUUGCCCCCUGCUAAUGAUCUGAGUAGGCCACUUCUUGUUGAAGCUGAGUGGCCUGGAAUGGAAGAAAAUGAAACAGAACACUGUAAAACCCCAUUCAUAGCCAGGAUCUUUUCUAGUGUUUCCAACAUCUCCCAAAGCUCAAUCCCAGAUCCUGGGAGUCCAAGACAGCUCAGAUCAAUGACGUGUUUGGCUGAGCCACGCGUGGUAAGGAAAAUGAGAAUCGUCGCGGAGCGGACCCCGGUCCACCGUGUCCUUCAGCCACCGAUGAUUGCAACUCUACUGGCUUUUGCCAUCGGGAUGACCCCGCCGCUCAAAUCUUUUGUUUAUGGCCAAAAUGCCCCUCUCUCGUUCCUAACCGACAGUCUUGAGAUAAUGGCCCAAGCAAUGGUUCCUUCCGUGAUGCUCAUCCUCGGAGCAAUGCUAGCCGAGGGCCCCAACGAGUCGAGGCUCGGCGUGGGGACCACAAUCGGCGUGAUUGUCGCGAGGCUUCUGGUGCUACCCGCGCUGGGGAUCGGGGUGGUUUUGGCGGCGGACAAGGCGGACAUUUUGAUCCCCGAGAACAAAAUGUACCGUUUUGUCCUCCUGUUGCAGUACACGACUCCCACCGCUAUCCUGUUGGGAGCGGUGGCUCGUCUGAGAGGAUAUUCUGUGAGCGAAGCUUCUGCACUUCUCUUCUGGCAGCAUCUGCUUGCAUUGUUGUCUCUUUCUAUAUACAUGAUUGUUUAUUUCAAACUGCUGCUCUCUUGAAGUUGAGGUCUGGUUUGAUCUUCUUCUUCUUCUUCUUCUGCAAUAAUGUUUCUCAUAGAGAACCAAAGCUUGCCAAUAGAAUCUUUGUGUCAUUAUUUUUUGUCCCCACAAAGAGGGAUUGCUUGUAAGAUAAGUGAUUCAGAACCCUUUUCCAAUUUUGUAAAGAAAUAACUCUUUUCCAG